GGGAGCCUGAUGGGGCGAAGCGGGACGUCCUGCGGGAGGGACGUCACCGCCGCCGCGGCCACGUCGGGCGCAGUCGUCGGCCGAGCGGGGCAGCGAGCACACUUACGGCGCGUCAGUCUCUCCUUCACCCUCCAACGUCGCCGCCAUGGGGAUCAAGUUUCUAGAGGUGAUAAAACCGUUCUGUGCGGUUUUACCCGAAAUCCAGAAGCCGGAACGGAGGAUCCAGUUCAGAGAGAAGGUGUUAUGGACGGCCAUCACUCUCUUCAUUUUCCUCGUCUGUUGCCAGAUUCCCCUCUUCGGCAUCAUGAGCUCAGACUCUGCGGACCCCUUCUAUUGGAUCCGUGUAAUCCUCGCCAGCAACCGAGGCACACUCAUGGAGCUGGGCAUCUCGCCCAUCGUCACGUCCAGUCUCAUCAUGCAGCUCCUAGCAGGGGCGAAGAUCAUUGAGGUUGGAGAUACCCCAAAAGACAGAGCCCUGUUCAAUGGGGCGCAGAAGUUGUUUGGCAUGAUGAUCACUGUAGGCCAGGCCAUCCUGUAUGUGAUGACAGGCAUGUAUGGAGACCCCUCGGACCUGGGUGCGGGGGUCUGCCUCCUCAUCAUCAUUCAGCUGUUUGUUGCUGGCCUCAUUGUGCUGCUCCUUGAUGAACUCCUACAGAAGGGCUAUGGACUUGGCUCUGGUAUCUCCCUCUUCAUUGCCACCAACAUCUGUGAGACCAUUGUGUGGAAGGCCUUCUCACCUGCCACUGUCAACACUGGUCGUGGCACAGAGUUUGAGGGUGCGGUCAUUGCUCUUUUCCACCUUCUCGCUACAAGACAAGACAAGGUUCGAGCUCUCCGUGAGGCCUUCUACCGCCAGAACCUCCCCAACCUCACCAACCUCUUAGCAACGGUUCUCAUCUUUGCAAUUGUAAUAUACUUCCAGGGCUUCCGCGUGGACCUGCCCAUCAAGUCUGCUCGCUACCGUGGGCAGUACUCUUCUUACCCCAUCAAGCUGUUCUACACCUCCAACAUCCCCAUCAUCUUACAGUCUGCGCUCGUCUCCAACCUUUAUAUCAUUGCACAGAUGUUGGCAGUGAAAUUCCCAGGUAACUUCUUUGUGGGCCUACUGGGAGUGUGGGCAGACACAGGCUCUGGAGGCCCAGGGCGUGCCUCCUACCCCAUUGGCGGCCUCUGCUACUAUAUGUCGCCCCCCGAGUCCUUUGGUCACAUCAUGGAGGAUCCCUUCCAUGCGGUUGUGUACAUCACCUUCAUGCUGGGUUCGUGCGCUUUCUUCUCCAAGACCUGGAUUGAAGUGUCAGGAUCUUCGGCCAAGGAUGUGGCCAAGCAGCUGAAGGAACAGCAGAUGGUGAUGCGCGGCCAUCGGGAAAAGUCCAUGAUCCAUGAACUGAACCGCUACAUUCCAACGGCAGCAGCCUUUGGUGGCCUAUGCAUUGGUGCGCUUUCUGUCUUGGCAGAUUUCCUCGGUGCAAUUGGCUCGGGCACAGGUAUCUUGCUGGCUGUCACCAUCAUUUACCAGUACUUUGAGAUCUUCGUCAAAGAACAGAGUGAGAUGGGCAGUAUGAGUACUCUUCUCUUCUAGAUUGUCCCAGCGAACUGGUCAUUCUUAGAGAGACAGUGAUAAAGAUGUAAAUGUUCUUGUGCUAACAAAAAAAAUAGGGAAAAUGGUGCAAGCAACUUUGGGAUGAACUUAACUUGUGACUGAAAUGAUUUUUAUAGUGAUCUACUUGCAAGAUUAACUUGCAGGUCUCUGAGGUGUGCAAUAAUAUUUAUAAUUCCACACUGGACUUGGUUCGGUGCAGUGUGGAACACGAAGGCAGACUGCUGGAUUCCUUUCUUCUCCAUCUUGGUGUCUGUGGUGCUGGGAUGACAUUUAAUAUUGGCUUCUGAACUGCACUGAAAUCAGACGUGGCUUUAAAUAGCAAGAACAGAAAGACAAGAAACAAUCAGAUUUAUGAUUGUUAAUUUGACAAGAAAUCCAAUUGUUCCAAAUGCCUGAUUAGUGAUGGUCAUAAUUGUGCUUGGGAUUUCCUGUGUUCAGAGAUGGGCAUAUUUUAUAGAAGAAAAAAAAAUUGGAUAUCUAAAUUUUACCAAGGACAGUACUUCAAUAGUUAUGUCUCCCACUCCACUUGAAUGGAGAGCAUUCCAAAAAAAGAAAAAAGAAAAAAAAAAAGAAUUACGUUAAAGGUUUUUGUUGUUAUAAAGUUUAUAUUGUAAAGAAUAAUCUUUAUUUUUUUAUUGCCAGCUUUCCAAUCAAGAGACAAAAAAAAGCAGUUCCACUAAAGUCCUUUUUGGUCUUGAAAGCCUUGCUAAACUGUUAAAGGUCUCAUGCCGUGGACAAUGUGAUGUCAGUACGCAUGUUGUAUGCGAGUUUGUGUCAGUGUUUGUACUUUUUACAAGUAGAUGUAAGGAUGUAAUGUUAAAUAAGGAUAUUACAAAAA